AAAAAUAAAAUUAAAUAGUAUACUGGAUUAUUCAAAAAAGGCAACCCAUAAAGGUGAGAAGACUCUGACUCGGAUCGUAGUUUUUUUUUUUCCGCCUCGGAAUCCGUAAAGGAAUCAAAAAGAGUAGGUCGUGGUGGUAUUAACUAUGAGACCCAAUUAAUUCAAUUCAAACUAUAUCUACUCUACAUGAUCUGUUAUAAAGUCUACAUAUGUGUGAUGAGCUCUCACGUUGCCUUAUUUGGUGCUGCUUGAGAUCUGCUUCAAUCUCUCCCAUUUCCGUCUUCUCUCAGAUGGAUAUAAUGAAGGAUUUAACCGCUGGUACAGUUGGAGGAGCAGCACAAUUGAUAGUUGGUCACCCUUUUGAUACCAUCAAAGUCAAGCUCCAAAGCCAGCCUACUCCACUUCCAGGGCAACCUCCUAAAUAUGCAGGGGCCAUAGAUGCUGUCAGGAAAACAGUGGCUUCUGAAGGUCCAAGGGGGUUAUACAAAGGCAUGGGAGCUCCACUUGCCACUGUAGCCGCCUUCAACGCUUUGCUUUUCACUGUUAGAGGUCAAACUGAGGCAUUGUUAAGGUCUGAACCGGGAGCUCCUCUUACUGUCAAGCAGCAAAUCCUUUGUGGGGCUGUUGCUGGAACUGCUGCAUCAUUUCUUGCCUGCCCGACUGAACUCAUAAAAUGCAGGUUGCAAGCGCAUAGUGCAUUGGCAAGUGUAGGAUCAGCCUCUGUGGCCAUAAAGUAUACAGGGCCAAUGGAUGUUGCAAGACACGUUCUUCGUUCAGAAGGAGGUGUAAGGGGUCUCUUCAAGGGUAUGUGCCCCACCCUGGCACGAGAAGUACCAGGAAAUGCAGUUAUGUUUGGUGUAUAUGAAGCGUUAAAGCAGUACUUUGCAGGAGGCAUGGAUACUUCUGGGCUAGGAAGGGGUUCUCUUAUAGUAGCUGGAGGCUUGGCUGGUGGUUCAGUCUGGUUUGCAGUGUAUCCAACAGAUGUUAUUAAGAGCGUAAUUCAAGUUGAUGAUUAUAGAAGCCCGAAAUACUCUGGCUCUUUCGAUGCUCUUAAAAAGAUUUUGGCCUCAGAAGGUGUCAAAGGCCUUUACAAGGGGUUUGGACCUGCUAUAACGCGUAGCAUCCCAGCAAAUGCUGCUUGCUUCUUGGCAUAUGAGAUGACUAGAUCUAGUUUGGGAUAAUUGCUCCAAGGUUUUAGGACAAUUGUGCUUUCAAAAAAAUUUACAGUAUCAUUGUUUCAAGAUUAAGAAGGAAAAUUUUGUGAGCCUAGUUCUGUUAUCAUACAAAGCCAAAAUAGAAAUAUAUUAUCACAAUAGUUCCCAAUCUCUGGUUUCAUCUUCAGUGUUUAUUUGUUUUUUGUUAUGUCAGAUGGAUUAAAAAUCAAGGAGAUGGUAAAUUUCAUUCACAA